AUGACCAAAAAUAACGUUAGGAACAUAAUUUUAUAUGAUUACAGGCUUCAUGACCUAUCUAAAAAACACGGAAUUAUAACAAUCCCUUCUCCUGACAACAAACCUCUAAUAUUCCAUGAUACAGAUAUCCAGUUGAGCGGAAUAAAAACGAUUUGGAGCCGUUCUCUAUUAUUAAGAAAUACUGCUGCUGAUAGUACUGAUCGAGCUUGCACUAAUAUAGUUAAUAAUGAUGGGGUAAAGACAGUGGAAGCUAUAUUUGCAAGCCCUAUUGCCGGAAAAAUAAUCAUUCGUGAGAAUACAGUAGGGGAAACAUCCAUAUUUACUAAUUUAUAUCAUACCGGAGAUGGUUAUAAUCCGUCUAGCAAUCACGAAUGGAAAAUUUUGGCAACAGAUAUCGUAGGUAACAAUAAAAAUCCGAGAAAUAAUAAAUGCGAAUAUUUACAGCUUCUGUAUGAACAAGGAAACAUUAAUGAUACGAACUGCAGUAACACGAAUCAUAAAGAGUGUAAGGUUGGAGAUCUUACAAAGAAGCAUGGAAAGGUGGUUGUAGGAUCAGGAAAUACUCGAUAUUCUAAAAAAUUUUUUAUAGAUACUAAUCUUCCGUUAAUUUCUGCCAGUGGAUCAAGAAAUUUAUAUGUAGUUUUGUAUGAAAAAGAUAAUUCCUAUCGCAUCAAAGCAUGCGCUAUUAUGGUGACUAUUAAACCCAAAGAAGUAAAGGCUUAUUUUAAUCAUGAUGGAGUUAAAGGUUAUAUUAGGUUCAGUCAGAGUUAUAGAAUGGAUCCAACCGUUGUUACUAUAGAUUUAAAAAAUUUAAGAGGAAGGGGUUCUGGAUUUCAUGUUCACAUGUUUCCCGUGCCAUAUCACAUAAAUCAAAAUGAUAAUCUAUGUGGCGCUACAGGAGGCCAUUACAAUCCUUUCCAGAUCGACCCUUCUACUAGUCCAAAACCAGGAUUAGGUACUAACGAUCAAUAUGAAUUAGGAGAUUUAAGUGGAAAAUAUGGACUUCUAGAUGCUGGACCUAUUUUCGAUUUCUAUUUUAAUAUUCAUGCAGAUUUUAAUUUACCACUUUUUGGUACGUACAGUAUUGUAGGUAGAUCUGUUGUGAUUCACAGACCUGACGGAAGCAGAUGGAUAUGCUCUACUAUUGGAUAUCCAGAACCAGUCACAAUUGCACAUGCUAAUUUUAUGCAUCCUGUAGUCGGUCGUGUGGUAUUCAAGCAACAAGCUGGAAAUCCCUGGGGAGAAACUACAGUUCAUGCCUGGCUUAGUUAUUCAGAUGGCACUCAAAAUAACACAGAAAAUCAUCGUUGGGACAUUCACGAAAGUGAAGCAGGUAGGGAUUUUUAUAACUGGUCAAAAAGAUGUGAGAGUGCUGGUAAAGAUUACAAUCCACACUUUGUUGGUACGAAGAAAUACGAAAGAUGUAAUCAAGACAAUCCAUUAAGAUGUAAAUUGGGAGAUUUAACCGGUAAACAUGGUAGAAUUAAAAUCACAGCAACACGUGAUAGUCUGGGCACUAAUCAAAUUUUUUAUACAGAUGUUUUACUUCCGUUAGAAGGAAUUCAUUCUAUAAUUGGAAGAUCUCUAGUAGUCCAUGAUGAUCAAGCACCUCCAUUUCGAGGAGAUAGACUUGCAUGUACCACUAUCACUUACUAUCACGGUCUCAAAGCUACUGUUAGAAAUUUAGCAGUAGGAAGACAAAUAGAAAGCAAUGUAACUGGUUUAUUUGAAUUUAGUCAACAGGAUUUUAGCGAUCCAACAGAAGCGAAAGUAGAAAUAAGAGGACUCGAUGGGCUAGCUAGUGGUUAUCAUGUUCAUAUGGUUCCCGUACCUAUUAGCAAGGAAUUCCCAUGCACAGAUGAUUCUGUUUACGGGCAUUUCAAUCCUUUUAAUAUAAAUGUAUCGUUGGGACCAGCAGCGGGAGUAGGUUCUGUCGAUCAAUACGAAGUUGGAGAUUUAAGUGGAAAAUUUGGCACGCUUGAUGGAAAAGACGAAGAGAGAAAUAUAUUCCACGAUAUCAAUCUUCCUCUCCACGGAAAGAAUUCCAUAAUUGGUAGAUCGGUGGUAAUUCAUAAAAAAGAGCGAAAUUUUCGAUGGGCCUGUGGAAGUAUAGAACCAGUAUUUAGUAAAAAGGAUGAUGUACAAUUGAUCAGCGCUAUUGCUUCUUUUGAUAAAAUUGAUUCAUUUAUCCAAGGAUACGUUAGAAUGCGACAACUGAAAUAUCCUGAUGGUUCAAUGAGUGAAACGUGGAUCGAAGUGGAUCUCAGAUACCCAGGAAAAUAUACUAGAGAUAUUACAACUGGACAUAAAUGGGCAAUUUAUGUUAAUCAAGUUGGCCAUGAUGCAGUAGAAAAAGUGGAGAAAGUUCGAUGUAUUUCUGCUGGAUUUAUAUGGAAUCCCUAUACUGUAAAAACAGAUGAUGAUUUAUAUAAGAAAGAUUGUCAUGCUUCAAAUCCUCUACGUUGUGCUAUGGGUGAUUUGUCAGGAAGACAUGGAACUGUAGAAAUUGGUGGUAGAAAAAAAGUAUUUUCUGAUAUGAAUCUUCCUUUAGUGGGAAAUUUUUCAGUGAUGAAACGUUCUCUUGUGAUAUUUGAUGAGAAUGGUGGAACAAACAAAAUAGGAUGUGCAAAUAUUGGUUACGAUAAUCAUUUAGAACAUUAUGUUAAUGUGAUGAAGCAUCCAGGCUUUACAAGUGCAACUUUUAUGGAUAAGAUGAGAGAAUUAUUGAAUGCUAGUGAUUGGCUUGUAGUACAAGAUGCACAGUCUGAAAAAGAAAUUGAAGAAGGAAAGUGUGUGCAAAUAAAAGUUUCUUUUUAUGGUCCUGAAGCAUACAGGUUACAAAUUGAAUUUGAAAAUCUGUUAAAAUUAGGCAGUGUUCAGCGUAGAACAAAAACAGGAUUAAAAUUAGUUAAGACAUAUUACAAGCCGUGUGCAGAAGAAAAUGGACAAUUACCAACAUCAUAUUCAACAUCAGUGAUUUGGAUGGCAUUAAUAUCAUGCCUACUAAAUAAAUUCUCUUUGACUUGAAAGUUUUAACUCAGCGUAUCAUUUAACUGAUACACAUAUUCGUUUUAAUCAACACCUAAGUCAAAUGUCUUUCAUUCUUCUUUAUAACCAAGAGCAUUAUUCCAGUUGAUAUGGAAAAAACAAACAAUUUAGAAAAUGUUUAUUAUAUACCAAUUGUUGUAUUGUAAUAAUUCAAUAUGAUGAUAAGUGUAUAUUGUGUACAGCAGUUUUAUUGUAUUUAAUUUAUAAAAUGAAUAUAUUUUAUAAGAUAA